AUUCCAUGGUGAUUGGCUGGAAGUGAGCUGUCAGUCAUACGACAGCUUCUGUCCGAUUGGCUCCAUGAGCUCAAUGGGGCUAGGCUCAGGUUCCUGUGCCACGGUCCCAGCCAGCAGCAUGGCUGACGGCGGGGCGUGGAGGCCUCCACGAACAUGUGAAGAUUAUUGGUCUGAAUGGAAACACUGCAAGGGCAUCCGUAAUUUCUUCCACAACUAUUAUACAUAUGGGGAAGUACCCUCCUGUGAACAGUGGAAAAUAGACUACAGCAAUUGCAGAAAGUGGGAAAAGAGCAAAAGUCCAGAUGCUAAGGAAUCUCUAUGCAAGAGUGAAAGAGCCCGAAUUCUGGAAAAACAAAAGUAUGAUCCUGUGUGGAAGCUGAGGAAAACCCCCCCAAGGGACUGGUACCUCCCUCUUGGUCAAGACAAAUCAAAGUAAUAAGAUUACAUAUCAUAUUUGGCUCUCCUACACUAGAAGUGGGGCCAAUGCUAUUUCUCUCCAUGUGAUUCUGAAGUAAGAUUCUAGCCUCUAAAAGAGACAGACUUCUAAGCAUAUACUUCAGCUCACAGCAGUCACCCACCUCAUCAGUGCCUCUUUUUGAAUACAUUUAAUGAUGUUUAAGAAAUAUCUUAUUGUGAUGUAAAUAUUUUAAAAGAAUAGUUCAGGAGCUGAAGCUAAUUCUCAUCUGCUACAGUCUUCUGCCUUUCACAUUUCCUUUCCCAUUCACCCAGACAAGGACAAUGCCUACUGCUUUGGCUCAGAAUACAUUCAUGCAGCCCUGCUGCUAUUGGUAUUAGAGCCUCCCCUUUCUUUCCAUGCUGUCAUUAAGGUGUGCACAGUAUCAGGCUGUCCACAAGAGGUAAUAAAAAAACUAGCCCUGUCCAUUGACAAUAUAGUCAUCUGGAUUCCACAAGCAGCUGGUAUUUGAAAUAAAAUUUGUACAGAUGCAGUAUUGUGAUCCUUAAUAUAAUAAGCUGCGGGACAGCAGAUACAGAAAAUAAAGUUGAUCUGCCAGCUAUUUGCCUCUGUAAAAUUAUUUUCAGGCAUUUUUUGUUCUUAAAUAAGUACCACAAAAACAUUACUGACUUUUUCAAGAUGAGUCUUAUAACUUUAAGCAAAGUAGUAAAAAAUGGCAUCUUGUAUCACACUAGCCAUGCAGUAUAAAAAACUCUGUAUAUUUUGCCUUGUCAUAUUUAUCACAUCGGUUUUCUUGUUAAUUUGCAUAGACACUUCAACAAAAUCUAAAUUAGAGCUAAAGGAAAAACUGACUUGUCUUCCUACUACAAGUAGACUGACAUAUGAUUGCCUUAACAAUUUUCUUCAUGGGAUAACUGUGCUCUCAGGAAUUAUGAUUUUUCCAAAAUGAGGAGUUAUUACUUACAGAAUAUUUCCCCCAUUAUUUAUUAAGUGAAAAAAUAAUGUACAUUGUACACAGUACCCUGCAGGGAAUGCUGCUUCAGUUGGUGGCACAUAUAGUACAGCAUAGGGAGGUUAAAAUGCAUUUAUUUUUGUAAACGUGAUGGCUGAAAAUUUCAGAGGUUACACGUUUACACACCUAGGAAGGACCUAGUGCCCACCUGUUCCCUCCCCUCCCGAUGCUGUUUCUGUAAGAGGCAGCAGUGUGAGGGGGAAGGCUGUUCUGGGGGAGCCUGUGCUUUUGGUGUGUCAGCUUUGAGGCUGGCUCCCUCUGAUCACUAGGUCCCACCUUUGCCCCUGCCUCUGGCAGGUAGCAGAGUGGGGUGAGGCGUCUCCACAGGAGCCAGCACAUGCAGGGAACCUAUCAUGUACGGGGUCCCAACUGUCUCCCCCGGGAGCCCUGCCCGCAUUGCUGCCUCUGGUACAGCCAGUUUAAAAGCCGGCUCCUAUUGCCUCUGAUGCAGGAGGUCAGGGGGAGGGGAGUGUAACAGUAUACCCACUAACAUCCUUAGUACAGUAGAACCCUGUUUCUGGUGUAAUUAGGACCAGGGCCAGAUUAUAUAAUCAAAACUCUGGCUAAACCAGUUUCUGGCCCUGGCAUCAGAGUUAUUUGGUAAAUGCAGAGAGCCUUUAAGGUGUCAAAUGAACAGGGUUCAAUGUAUUUUGCUUUUAUUGGAGUUUUUAUUGGCAAGAUGGACAGUUAUAAAAAGAAAGAAACAAGAACAAGAUGGUGUUUUUAUUUUCAUUUGACAGCCAUGUGCAUAGGGAUAUUAGAAAAAGCAGACAGAAUAGUUUAAUCUUAUCCCAUUGUGUUGUCCUUUAAAUGCACUGAGUAUCUCCUGACAGCUGUGCGGCAGAGUCUUCUGAUCUCAGUGUGUGUACACUUUGGUAACGUCAAUG